AUGUCAGACAAAUCCUCAGACUCAACAUGGAAGCUCCCAGAUGGCUUUGAAGAUCACCUAGAAGCUGGCGUGAUCAAAACCAUUGUCGGAGCUGCCGCUGGUGGUGCCAUUGGAAUGGUCCUCUUUCGAUCAGGGGGUGGAUGGAGAGCUGCCAGCGCUGCUGCUGGUGUUGGUGCCGCUUGGGGGUCCACCUAUGAGAGAGCCAUGGCCAGCAAGAAGUAA